UCCAAACAGUGCCUCAGUCAGCCCACACAAUUGGCAAAAUUUCCCCAUAAACCCUUUGCACAGCCUUCGCUAACAACUUAAAACCUUUUCACUCGACGGCCACUACCCAGCAAAGCCGGUCGCCCUUCUCAGGCCCUUUCUUCUUCUGUCCCUCCCAAUUGCUAUUCUUUCAAUGGUUUUUUCAGGAGACAGGUUUGGCAUAAAUACAGCUGCACAUUGAACUAUUAGAUGGAGAAGUUUUAAUUCUCUGGGAAGCAUUGCAUGAUACUAAUGAUGCGUAAGAGUUGAUCCAAAACUAUUUGCAUCUCUUGGGCAGUUGAAAGAGCUAGUGAUGGUUACUGCACAUGGACUGCCUCGAGGUUUUCCUUAUCGACUUAUCUAUAAUCAGCGGAGUCUUUGGGUAAAAAGAAGACGGAGGAAAAGCAUAUUGCGUCCUUGUUCAGCGGAGAAACUUCUAAGUCAUUCUACAAAAGAGCUUGAACCAGAGAAAGAAUAUGAACAUGCUGUGAGCAAAGGUGAGGAAAGGAAGAAAGACAUGGCAAAAGCCAGAAAAGAGGAGACAAAAGCUGGUGACUCUGAGGAUGUACUUCCAGGGAUUCCACCAGUUCCUUCGAGCAACCACCCAAAGUCUGGUGUAGCAUUUGUUCUUGAAAAAGCUUCACUUGUGCCUGCUUAUGUCGGAAGGACAUACGAGAUAUUGAAUCCAGACAAGCAUGCUGAUUUUUUAAGAAAGAAGAACAUGAAUCCUUAUGAUUACAGACCUGAUAUUGUCCAUGAGAUUCUCGUUGAUAUACUGGGCAGCCGACUUAAUAUGGCUGGUAUGGUUCAGGCUGUGUUUGUUAAAACUGAUCUAGGGCAUCUUAUCAAAAUCAAGCCACAUGUACGCAUACCACCGACAUUGGGCAAAUUUUGUGCUAUGAUGUCCCAGUUGUUGCAGAAGUUUAGUAUCAAAGCUAGGGGUGGGGGUGAGAAACUAAUGCAGUUGAUUGACAACCCUUUGGUCAAGCAUUUGCCUGUUAAUUCUCGAAUAAUAGGGCUUUCUGUUAGUUCACCAAAGGCUGUAAGGUUGCGGGACUAUGUUGAUGAUGUGGGCAAUGAUUGCACUCCUGUAUUUGUGAUUGGUGCCAUGGCUCAUGGGAAAAUUAAUAGUGACUACACAGAUGAUCUUAUAUCAGUUUCUGCACUUCCUUUGAGUGCAGGUGUCUGUGUGAGACGUAUAUGCUACGAAUUGGAGAGGAAAUGGAGGAUCUUAUGAAGUUUUUAUUUGUAAGACUCUGUAGUUUGCUAACAAGAAUGCUCAUUGAUUUUUCUACACUUGUCUGAUAUUUGGUUCCAAUAUGUAUGUGAAAGUAGGGGUAAUUCUCGCUGUGAACCUUAGUAGCUCACCAGACAAGGCAGAAGUUUCUGAAAGUUCAGUUAUUGACACAAUUUUCUUCUUUAAUAUCACAUUAUGAUAAGGUAUUUAUCAGCUAUUACAGUAUAUGAACUGACUCGGGUUUUGGAACU